UUUGCAAGAUAACCUAAUUGAUACGGAGAAGAAAAGGGAAUACAAGCUGGAUUUCUUUCUCUCUCUGACUCCAGUGUUUACCAGCACACGACAAGUUGGCACAAAGUAACCUAGUCACUUGAGCUUGACUAUGACUGCAGAAAUUUGGGACGUUAUUAUUGUUGGCGCCGGACUAUCUGGAUUGAGUGCAGCUCAUUUGCUCAGAAAAAGGGAUGCCAAGUUGAAGAUACUUAUACUGGAAGGAAAAGAUCGGGUGGGAGGUCGCACAGUGUCUACUGCAAUACCAGCAGCCAAUGGUGUUGAUCGCUGGGACUUUGGAGGGCAGUGGGUAGGAAGCACCCAAACCCACAUCUUGGAGCUUAUAAAGGAGCUGGGCUUAGAGACAUUCCCACAAUUCAAUAUUGGCAAGAAGGUGUACCACUUGGGUGGGCCGGGUGCCAGAGUUCUCACCUACAGAACCAGCAUCCCUGCUCUAUCCCCAAUGGUGCUAAUGGACCUCACCCAGUUCCUGUGGAAGAUUGACAGAUUGUGCGCUACAGUGUUUGUCCAGGAUCCUUCGAAGACUCCCAACGCUGUGGAACUGGACAGUAUGACCCUGCAUUCGUACAUUGAGCAACAUGGCUGGACUGCUGAACUAAGAGAGGAGGUCGGACUGUGUAGCAGGUCUGUCUUUGGCAUGGAGCCAUCCCAGAUGUCCUUCCUGUUCUUCCUCAUGUAUGCUGCAGCAGCUGGAGGACUGCUGCCACUUCUGGAGAACACAGCGGGGUCUGCUCAAGAGUUCAAGAUAAAGGGAGGCACCCAACAGCUUUCAGAGUGUCUGGCAGAACGUGUGGGGCGGAAGAAUGUCCGGCUGGGUUCUGCUGUGACGGCCAUAUGGCAGGGUGCUGAGUGGGCCAGGGUGAUGACUGCCACCGACACUUUCUUGUGCAGAGCUGUGAUUGUCACCUGCCCCCCUCAUUUGGCAGCGAAAAUCCACUACGAGCCAGCCUUGCCCAGCCAGAGAGCGUUCCUUACCCAGAACAUGCCUGUGGGCCACAUGAUAAAAUUCAUCAUUACCUACGAGACGGCUUUUUGGAAGGAGAAGGGCUUCUCUGGGGAAAUAGUGUCAGGAUCCUCCAGUGGCAGCCCAUUCUGUGUGACCUUUGACGCCACCAGCCCCAAUGGUAAUGCUGCUUUGGUGGGCUUCAUCGCCGGCCAGCAGGCUUCUCAGUGGACGUCCAAAGAGGCUGGAGAAAGAAGAAAAGCUGUGAUUUCCAGUCUAGUAAAAUACCUCGGAUCUGAGGCUGCAUCUUUCAUUCACUAUGAGGAGAAAGACUGGGCUAAGGAGGACUACAGCGGGGGCUGCCCUGUUAAUGUCAUGGCACCAGGUCUGCUAACAUAUUACCACCCUAGCCUGAGGAAGCCCUGUGGCAGGAUCCAUUGGGCAGGCACGGAGACGGCCACACAGUGGUGCGGGUACAUGAGUGGUGCAGUGCAAUCCGGUCAACGAGCGGCUCUUGAAGUACUGGCUGAACUCCGCCCCAUGACCCUGACCCAAGAGGAGCAGGAAGCAGUGAGGCAGGGUCAAACUGUUGAGGGUCCUGCACGGCAAACACUAUCAUCCAGACGCACGUACCUGUCCACAAGUAAGGCUGUGGUCAUUGCAGCGCUGAUGAUAGGUGCUGCUCUCCUGUUGGCGCAGCGUCAAAAUGCUUUUCUGAAGGUCAAAACGUACUUGACAAAUGUAGUUUGACCAUCCCAGUCUAUUAUAUUCCCAAUGUAACAGAUACCUGUAAAAUAAGUGCAUAUCAUUAGAAUGGUUUUGAUUUAGAUGUCUGAUGGCUCUGCUUAUCGUUAAAUGAUUUUUAUUUUUACUGCUUUUAGUGCUUAUUUCAUACCAAAGUUAGAAAGUUAGACUCAAUUAGCUUCAUUUGUAGAUUAAAAACAACAUGCUCUUUAAUCAGUGAGCUGAGAUGUUUUCUCACUGCCAUGAUGUUUCUUUUACACAAUUCUUGUUUGCAAAAUGAUCCUUUCAACUUUUUUUUUUCAUAAUUUUUUUAUAAUUAAAAAUUUACUCGUGGCAAAUAAUAAGAACAAGCUAAAUGUUUUUUGUAUCAAUGCCUACAGAAAUCAAUUGGAGAUAUUUGCACUCUAAGCAGCAUCUUAUCUCAUUUGCCUUUUCAACAUUUAAAAUUGAGACCGUGCAUUGAGGUUGUGCUUGUGAGCUCAGAGAGAUCAUGUUGUGUUUAAACCCGUUUGCUAGGAGAAAAUGGAGCUUUCAUACUGUAUGGCUUGCAUUGUUUCCCAAAGAGCCAUAAAACCUGCUUGAGAGGCUUGGAGCAGAGCCACAAGCGCAUUUGUGCGCCCACAAAACCACCAACAGACAUUCGAAUGAGCGUAAGAUGGAUGAAGCAGUCACGCAAUGAUAACGUCCCAGAGAAAGUGAUUUAAUCGCUAUCACUUGAUUGCACGGUUGAUUGAAAGGAUUUUUGUCAGUCCCCAUGUCUCUCCUAGAGAGUCUCUCAAACGCCCACUGAUUACUGGAUGGUAGUCUCUGACUCCAUUGGCGCCAUGGCUUACUAUUUGUCUUUGUUAUCACUAGCUUGCACUGAAUCAACUGCCUGUUCUCCCUGGUUUCAUUUAAGCCGGUCCAGGCUGAAUCAAGGCCAACAACCCGUCUCUGUACAUGUCUACCAUUUGGUCACUGAUUUGGUCAUUUUGGUUGAUAAUCAAAAAAGUAAUGGUUCUCAUUUGGGUGUGAGUUUCUGAACUAAUUUCAAACAAUAUAAUAAAGAUAAACUACAUGCAUGCAUAUUUUCCCACUUGACCUCACUGAGACGGAGGAUAAAGCAGAUGGGGUUGCUAUUUCAGGGACUCCACGGUGUGGAGGUUUCUUCUUAUGCUGUAUGUCAUCACCAGCUUAAGGCAUGCAUGCGGUUAUGUACCAUCUGGGGCCUGGCAGCUUGCCUCGUCACUGCCGCUGUUUUGCCAUCAUUCAGUGCAGUUCAAUUCUGAUGGGAUGAGCAUUUCGUUCAGGCUGCUGGACUGCUGUGUGAAUGAAUUGUAAUACUAAAUGAAAUGUGAAGUAUCCUCUCUAAUGGCUUGGCUCUUGAAGGCUAAACACUGUAAGGGUACAGGAGAAAAAAAGAGCUGCUGCUUGAAAUUUUGGAGAAGCUAAGCUAAAGUAUCGUAACGGUCACAGUUUGCCUAGGGUUAGGAACACAAACUACAAUGCUGUGUUUAAAGAUUUUAACCCAAAGUGAUCUGGGUUAAAAUAAGUAUUAAAGUAUCGCCGUCAUUAAAAGUAAGAAACAAUGUUGAUUGGUUUCAUUCAGGAAACAAUCUCCUGUAUGAAAGUCCAUCCAUUCAUCCAUCACAACCUCCUCCUAAGGCUUUGUUACUCUUUAUACUACAUCACCUGACUUCCUCCUUUGCUCACAUCACUAUCACUGUGGCCGCUAAGGGUCGCCUAACGAUAUAUUUGUAACUGUGGGUCAUAAUGAACUGCUUGGCAAUUUACGGGGUCACUUAUGGGGUCAAAUCUCCAUGCAGCCCUAACUAAAUGCCGCCCACACAUAUUUUGCGUAGAUCUACAUGUUUACCGUAUCAUAAUACGGAGGAAAUAUUGUGUUUCAUAUCAAAUCAGAGAGGAAGAUGAUAGGCUUGAUGUUUUGAUAGUCCCGUGAGAAGGGUGAAAUGUAGUAAUGAAUUUUUCAGGCCCUGUACGUUCAAAAGCCCAAAAUAAGAUACAUAAAAACAGAGAAGGAAGUUAAGCAUCUUUCAUCAUCCGGCUCUACUCUGCUCUGUGGACUGUGUUUACAUGUGCCUUUUUUUUUUUUUACAUAUCCAAUAUAAGAUUUCAAGUAAAGUAAUGUUGCUGUAAUUACUGUAGCUUUUGUAAACACCUGUCGUAGCACUUGCCUUAGUGUUUGCCUUCAGGCAACAGCACCAACUUUAAAAAUUCAUACAUUGCAGUGCAGUGUAAUCAGGAUUUGUGGCCAUAAACAGCCAUUCUCUCAGAAGUAAAACCACAGCCUCUGUCUUUAAGCAGAUGUACUUACUAUCAUAUUCUAUGUUAUCCUGACAUACAGGUGCUUGAGAUAACAAUAAUACCGUUACAAUUCAAUUCAGCAUCCAUGGAACAAAUACAGCUUAUAGUGUUUAUUUAUUUUAAAUUAUGUCAACAAGGGGCUGAUUUAACUCUGGCAAUUAUGUUUAGACUGUAUUUUGUACUAUUGUUAUGCUAAUGCACCAUCAAGUGUCUUUUAGUAAAAUGUCGGCAAUGGUUUGCUUAUGGCCUCUGCUCCUCUUCUCCAAAGCAGCUUCCCUGUAUUUACCAUACAUCAUGAUUUUUGUGUUUGUUUUGAAAACUUAAUGAGUCAUUUGUGCAGCUGUCUUUGCAGCUGUGAAUCAGUUACUUCGAAGUUAAAAGGUAGUUUUCUUUGGAAUUAUGUCCAUAUUGUGUGAUUCUGCAGCACCAGUUCACAUCCAGUGCUAGUGUUCAACAAUGUUCUUUAUAUAAUGAGGUAAAAAGGGCAAGAGAGUGGAAGUCAGGUUCUGACUUUCACACUUUUAUUCAGGUGCCAUGUCAGACCAAUAAUUAAUGCUUCAACCAUUAUCAGAAUAUUUCCUUUUAAAUAGGCAUUUUAGAUGUCUACCCUCCCCAUUCCUUAACAAUAGGCUAAUUGCAACGCAUAAUUAUUGUGAAAACAUUGUUUGGGAUUUAACAUAAAAAAAAAAAAGUCAUUUUAUGAAAUCUGGGGAUUUGCAAAGUUGUCCAUUAUCAACAUUAAGUUUGGAAACGCUGACUUUCUGUCUUGUUUGUGAUAAUUUUAUCUACUCAUGUAAUUCAUUUGAGAAAAGUUAGCUUUACAAUUAUUUUUUUUAGCUCAUCAUUUCAAUGUGUGUGUGUUUUGAAGGGAGUAUUAGACAACUCUCAGGAGAACAAGACAACAUAGUCCAGACUGUAGACUGUGCUCACUCUUGUAGAUAUAACUGCAUGAACCAAUCAUACAAUAAAGUG